AUGCAAUCAAUAACAAUUCCAAUGAUAACAUAAGCUCAUCGUCUUUAAAAGGAUAGCACUCUAAAUUUUCGAACAAAGCUUUAAAGAUCUCUAAAGUUGUCCGAGAAAUAUCAUUGCAAUGUACAUCUGAAACGAGAAGAUUAAUAAUAAAUAAGAGUAUUUAAGAUGAGAGGAGCAUUCAAUUCUUUUAUGAGUUUAAGUCAAGAACAAAGAACAAAAGGAUUAGUAACAGUAAGUGAUGGUAAUUUUGCAGAGGCAUUUGCUUUUUUUUGUAAUCAUUUAAAAAUCAAAGGUAAAGGAAUGAUAAUUAAAAAUAGGAACUGUUUUUUUACCAGAAGUGUGUUUUUAAUGGAAAAUAGAUAUAAUAUAGAAAUAUGGAAAGGAUUAUGUAGAAAUAAAGAGUGUAGGAGAAUCAUUUGAUGAAGCUGAAGCUGCAGCAUAAGAAUAUAUAAAAUAACAUGAUAGAAUAAUGAUACAUCCAUGUGAUAAUGUAAAAGCAAUUAUAGGGAAUGCAACAAUUGUAUAAUAAAUUUAUAAAUAACAAAGGGUAUAGAGAUAAUAGAAGAUUUUCCAGGCGAAGUAGAUUACGUUUUUGUACCAGUUGGAGCAGGAGCAUUAGCAGCUGGUAUAGCUACUUAUUUUAAAGCAAUGUCACCAAAUACUAAAAUUAUAGGGGUUUAACCAGAUGGGGCUGCAUCUAUGAAAGCUUCAUUUGAUGCUAAGAAAAUUGUUACAAUCGAAAGUAUGUCUAGAUUUUGUGAUGGAUCUGCUGUAAAAACAGUACCUUAAAUAACAUAUGAUAUGUGUUAACGUAAUCUAGAUGGUUUAGCAGUUGUACCUGAAGGAAAAGUUAGUUCAACCAUUCUUGAAUUAUACAAUUAAGGAAUUGCAGUAGAACCAGCAGGAGUAAUAUUAUUAUUAUAAUAAAUAUUUAUAGGCUUUAGCUGUUUCUGUUUUAGAUUAAUAUGCAUAAGAAAUUAAAGAUAAAAAUGUAGUAUGUUUAAUUUCAGGAGGAACAGUUGAUCUCUCUAGAUUUGAUGAAUUUAAAGAACAUUCCUUAUUAUUCGAAGGAUUGAAAUAUUUCUUUUUAAUUCAAAUCCCAUUCAGACCGGGUAUUCUCAAAAGUUUUGUUAGUUUGUAAUAUUCAAUUCUAAAUUAGAUGUUUGGGACCAGAUGAUGAAAUUAGUCAUAUUCAGUUUUAAAAAAAAAGUAAUAGAGAAAGAGGACCAUGUUUAGUAGCUAUAGAAGUAGCCAAAAAAGAUAAUAUUAAAAAAGUAAUGGAGAAUAUGACAAAAAUGCAUUUAUAAUAUGAAGUUGUAAAUGAUUCAAAAGAGUUGUUUGAUUUAUUGGUUUGAUAAAUUAUAAUAUUAACGUAUAUAAAAUAUGUCUGUUAUAUUCGAUUAGUUGGAUGUAUACUUAUUAAUGAAUACUUUAGAAUAUCUAAUCACUUAGAUUUAGAUUUACUUAAGCCAUCAAGUUAGGAGUCUCGCUCUAUUACAUUCAAAAUUGUAACUUAAAAAGACUUGUAGUUACCGACAAUUAAAUUGCAUCGUAUAAUGAAUCUGAAGCUAUAAAUGUUUUAUAAAAUGCAUCUCAGAUAUGUUCUGAUGGUAAAACUUUGUAUUGUUUGGAGAGUAUAAAAUUAUGACAAUUUUUAAGAUAAUGGUGACCUUUAUUAAAUUGAUUAAUAACCCAAACUGUUGGUCUCUGCUAAGAAUUAUAUUACUAUCACUCCCACUACUGCUAUUGAUCAUUCUGGCCGAGGCUUUUUCUGGAAAAAUAAUAAACCUAUUUAUUCUCAUUGUAAACAUAUUAGUACAUAUCAGGAUAAAAUGACUUUAAUAACAAGUAUUAAUCUUAUUUCAUUUUAUUAGUUGGAGGUAAGAUUUUCAAUAUUGAAAAUAAUACACAAAUUCCUAUCUAAUAAUUAAAUGGAUUGGGAGUUAAUGGAUAUUUUAAAAAAUCUUUAUUAUUUUAAUUUGGAGGAAUUGCUAUUACAGAAAAUGGUGAUGCUUAUUGUUAUAAUAAUAAAAUGAUUAAACUUAAAACAUCCAAUCUUGAAGAUAUUUAAGCUAGCAAUAGAUUUAUUUUUGGAAUCUAAGGAAAAUAUAUUUUAUAAUGGAAUCUAGAUGAUUUUUAAAAUCACUAAUUUUUUGUUAACUAAACUUUAUUUAAAAAAAUGAAUUAUGGUCAUGAAAUACAAAUUAAUUGUAAAAAAAAAGAAUUUUAAGAAGUUAAAUUUAUUUUCUCAGAUCAAUUUUCCAUAUUUUGUUGUGCUUCUCUUUAAUCAAUCUCUAAAUAAAAUUUGAAUGAAUAAUCCAUUUCAGCUAUUGAAAGGACUUUUUGUAGAAGUACUGUUUAAAAUCUAAAAUAAUAAUUAUUUGAUUAAUGGGAUCCCCCUUCUAAAAAGAAAACUUAAGAAAUUAGAUAACCAAGAUAACUUAGAGGAGAAAGAACAGAAAGAUCAGAAACAAGUAAUAGAUAAACUGAUAGGAUUGAAAAAAAAGAUGAUCCUUCCUAAUUAAGAUAAUCUAAUAAUGAUAUACUUGAUGUUUUAUUUGAUAGAUCUAAUAAAUAGGAUAAUUAAGUUAAAAAAGAAUAGGAAUAAAUUGUCCUAUAAAUUGAUUCAAAUUUUUGUUUUAAGAAUACUUUAAAAAAAUAAUCUGAAAUUUUAGCUCCUCUAGAAAUUUCAAAAUUAAAUUUAAAUGAUAAUACAUCAAAAUCAGAAAAGACUUUAUUAUCUAACAAUUAAAAUUUUUAGAUAAUUUAAGUAGAAUAAAUUAAGUUAUAGAAUUAGGAUUAAAAAUAGGAUCCCUCAGUUGAAUAAAAAUAAUCAUUAAAGGUCAAAGUAUAAGAAGAAUAAAUUUAAACUAAUGAACAAGGAUAACAGUUAAAAUAAAAGCUAGAAAAAUAAUAGGAAUAAUAAUAAAAAUAAUAGGAAUAAUAAUAAAAAUAAUAGGAAUAAUAAUAAAAAUAAUAGGAAUAAUAAUAAAAAUAAUUGAAAUAAUAAUUAAAACUAGAAGAAUAAAAAAGAUUGGAAUAAUAAUAAAAACUAGAAUAAUAAUAAAAGUUAUAAGAAUAAUAAUAAAAACUAGAAUAAUAAAAAAAGUUAUAAGAAUAAUAAUAAAAACUAGAAUAAAUUUAAAAAUUAUAAGAAUAAUAAUAAAAAUUAGAAUAAUAAUAAAGAUUAUAGGAAUAAUAAUAAAAAUUAGAAUAAUAGUAAAAACUAGAAUAAUAGUAAAAAUUGCUGGAAAAAGAAUAAUAAUAAUUAUAAAUUAAAUAACAAUAAUAAUAAUAAAAUUCUCUUAAUAUGCCAAAAAAAUGCUCUGAAGAGAUAAAAUAACCUUCUAAAUUAUUAGAAUAAUAUAAAAAAUAAUUUGAUUAAAUUUUGAAAUCAAAUUAUGAAUAAACAAUUGAAAAUUCACUAGAAGUAGACGUUCAUUAAAUUGAAAAAUAGAGUUAUUAAGAAAACUUUUAUACAUAGUAAAAUACAAUUAGUUAAAAAUUAUAAUAAAUUAGAGAUAUAUAUGAUUAACCAAAAUUUAAGACUUAAAAUAAUAGUUUGUAUACUUUAGAUGAGGAAAGUUCUGUAGAAUAAAGUAUGUGCUUAGAAGAAGAAGAGAAAGGAAGAUUAUAAUUAAAAAGACAAGCUUUAUUAAUUUAAGAUUUCUUUGACAAUAAACCUGAAUCUAAACAAGUAUCAAAGAAAUAAGAGAAUUUAAAAUAAUAGUUUUAAUAAAAAGAUUUUCAAUCUCCAACAUUGUCUUUAGAAAAUUCAAUAUAAUAUCCUUAAAUUUCUGUUGCAGAAUUACAAUUACCUCCAAUUUAAUCAUCAUUGAAUAACUUUUUGAGUAAAUUAUAGUUAAAACCUGAAAAAACAAUAGAUUAAGUUCUAAAUUCAUAAACAUAAAAAGAAGAAAUCUUAGAAAAAAUUACAUAACCAAAUUAAUUGAAAGAAACAUCACAAAUUGAAAUAAAGGAAAACAAAAAAAUAAAGUCUUUCUUAAAACCUGAAUAAAUUUAAAAUUAAAAAUAUAAGAAUUCUGUUGAAGUAAUGGAUUAAUAAUCCGCUAUUGAUUAUUAAAAUAAUAGUGAUUUUAUAGAUUAAUAGCAAGAUAGUUUUAUGUAAAUUUUGUAAACAGAAAAAAAACAAUAAGAGAAUUCAAAGAUUUAGAAUAUAAUGUCAAUUUUUGAUUAAAUUUAAAUAUAACCAAAAAGAAAAAGUCCUCCUAAAUUAAAUUUAUUUAAAAAAUAAGAUUAAGAAAAUAGGUUAAAAAAAAUUGAUCGAAUAGAAGAUUCAGAUGGUUAAUUAGAUGAAAAUUUAACAGAGAUAAAAAAUAUUCUAAUAGAAAGAAAUGAAAAAAUAAUAGAAAAAAAAUAAUCACCUUAAAAAAGCAAUACUAAAUUACAUAAAACAUUAGUUACAUUUUCUGAAGAUAUAUCAUAAGUAGAGGUAGAGGAUAGAGUGAUGUAAGUUGUAAAAAUAGAUUAAAAUCUUUUCACUGCUAAUCAGAAGUAAUCUCCAAUAAAAUAAAAAUCUCCAAUUAAAGAUAACAAUAUUUCAUCAAGCAAAAACCAUUCGAUUUAAUUAAGCGAAUAGAAAACAUUGAUUAAAAUAAAUUAGAAUGCUGAUGUAAAACAACAUAGUUUUGAUAUUAAAAUUCCAGUUAAUCAACUGGAAUAAAAAUAAGGAUUAUCACGUAUAAAAGUUUAACCAUUAAAUUGUAAUUCAGUCAGACCAGAAAAAAUAUUCACUCCAUUAAGAAGCAGAAGAAAUAGCACUGCAAGAGGUUCUAGCAUUGAUACUAAUAGAUUUAAAUAGUUGUAGAUUGAUAAUUAAAUAGUAGUUUCAGGAAUUUAGAACUAAACACCAUAAAUAAAUAACUUUGAAAUAUUAGAUUUAAGUAAUGCAAUGUAUCAUAUUGAUUAAACAAUUAUUGAAGAUACAACAAAAAGAACUCCAGUUGCUUCAAUAAUUGAUGUAAUUAAUUAAAACUAAUAAUCUAAUUAAAAAACUCUGAAAGAACCUUAAUUAAUUAGAGUUUCAUCCACCUCUUAGGUUCCCCCUUCUCUACGAACUAAUAGUGUAGGACCAAUAAAUAAAAAAACAGAAGCCUCUCCUAUAAAAGUUUAAAAAUAAACUAAGAAUUAAUUAUCUUCGAAGAGUGUAAAUGAUGAAACCAUCAAUUUAAAAAAAAGAUAAUAAGAUAUUAUUUUGAGAAAACUAUUCUUUAGAUUGGAUAUUCAGAUUAAACUUGUAAAAUUAGAGUUUAUGUUCAACAUCAAACAGAAAAUAACAAAAUGA